UUCAGGUCCGCAAAGAGCGAUGGGUGCGUGAGGUUAAGAAUCUUAUUGUUGUGAUACAGAAGAAAAUAAUGGGACAAAUCAACGAGUAACCUAAGAAGACAAAACGUCUUCGUGGUGAGGAGAGGGCGAAUCCUGCGUCGGUAAGACACUAUACAGAUGAAUUAUUGGAACAAUCGCGUGCCUCCGCAGCAGGAGUACUAUUCCGUACCUCCAGCUCCGUCGAGAUCUCUACCGCCUCAAGCAAAUUUCCCUUCGCUGUCCGCUUACGAUGAUCAGUCCCAGUAUCAAUCGACUUACAACACUUCGUGCUCUUACAACGUACCGCCUCCCAACGUGUCAAAUGUUAAACCAAUAGAUUUUGCAUAUCCUCCCGCGCCUUCUUCGUAUUACAACGAGACGGCCAAUUCUUACAACGAUGUGUCUUAUCAGGAUCCGGUGUAUUCGCAGUACAAUAAUCAGUAUAGCAAUCAGUAUUACAGCGGAGUGAAUUCCGCGCAACAUUCGGAGCACGAAACUUACAAUAAUACAAACCAGACUGGCGAUGUAUAUCAUAACAAUGAGUGGAAUUCCAAUUAUUCUUCAUCAAAUUGGACAACGCACGAGAGUAGUGGUCAUCAAACCACGUGGCAUCAUACAAACCAAGCUUAUGAAAACAAGAAAUCAUAUUAUCCGCAAACUUACGAAUUUCCUCAAAGAACAAAGGAGACCGAGUGGAAGUAUGAAAGUAGAAAGGUCUUCGAUUACAAGAGCAGCAGAAGAAGAUCGAGAAGUCCGGAUGAUAGAUCAGAAAAAAGUUACAGAUCAAGAUACAAGGACGACAGAAGCACAUAUCGUUACCACAGCAAAGAGAAGUCUUCAUCGAGAGAGGUUUAUGAUAGCGGAUAUUAUAAUAGAAAGUUUGAACACAAGAGAGACAGAAGUUAUAUGUCAUCUCAUUCGGAUAGAUCGUCUGAAGUAAGUAGCAGAAGGAGAAAAAGAUCGAGAUCGCCAGAAUCGUAUUCGAGAGACGCGACGCCAAUAUCCAAUGCCAGAAAACAAAAGAUUCUCACCGAGAGAGAGCAAAUUUUAGAGAAAUACAGACGUAAUUACUGCGCAACCAGUAAGGACAUACAGCGAAAACUAAAUGAAUUGUCAGCAAUCGGAUCGGAGGGUAUACUUGAAAAUGAGAAGAGGAUUUGGACGCGUACAGCACCAGCGGAUCUCUACUAUGUCAGAGACGAGAACAAUCCGAAACUAAUGAAAAGUACCACCAAACUAGAAGAAUUGUGCGCAACAUUCAAGAAACUGUUGAUCGACAGAGCAGCUGCAGCGAGAGCAUUGCAGCCGCCUUACGAACCACCUCCAAGAAAAACCAAAGCGCGCAUGUGUCCUCACAAGUCCGAAGCUUGCAGUAGUUCUUCGUCUGACAGUGACAGCUCCACGGACGAGGACGACAGAGCAAUGGAAGAGCUAAUGGCGAAGAAACAACAUCCGCAAAGAUUGCAUCCUGAAAUGUGGUUCAACGAUCCUGGAGAGAUGAAUGACGGUCCCUUGUGUAGAUGCAGCGCGAAAUCACGGCGUUCGGGUAUAAGACACGGAAUUUACGCGGGAGAGAGCGCUAUAAACAAAUGCGACUUGAAUUCGAACAAUGCGGAUAAAUUGUAUCACUACAGAAUAACCAUCAGUCCACCGACCAAUUUUCUCACCAAAACACCGACCAUUAUCAAACAUGACGAGCACGAGUUUAUAUUCGAGGGCUUUUCCAUGCUCUCUCAUUUUCCUCUUGUUAAAUUGCCCACGUGUAAAGUCAUAAGAUUCAACAUUGAAUACACGAUUCUUUACAUAGAGGAAAAAUUGCCAGAAAAUUUUACGAUAAUGGAACUCGAUUGCUUCCAAAUGUACUUGUUCAGAGAAAUUCUGGAGCUUGUCGACUUUGACUUGCACGCGGCACAUGACAAAUCUGGUUGCGGCCAGUUCCAUUUUAUGCCAAGAUUUGUGCGCGAUUUGGCUGACAACGGACAAGAAAUCUUGUCGAUGAACGAGGUUCUUAAUUACUUGAUAAAAAGCAGCACGCUACUGAUAGAUCCGGACGAUUUGCCUAGAUUGGUGGCCAUGCCGCAGCACUUGUGGCAGGAUUUUGCGGAUCAAGUGAAGGGAAUGGUCGUAUGUUAUCCCGGCAAGAAACCGUGCAGCAUUCGCGUCGAUCAGCUGGACAGAAACCAAGCGAAUCACGACAAGUCUGAGCAAGGAAACCAGUCGUCUAUUGCAUAUCCCGAAAUAGUACAUUUUGGUAUUCGUCCGCCGCAACUCAGCUAUGCGGGAAAUGCGGAUUAUCAAAAAGCGUGGAGGGAUUAUGUGAAAUUUCGUCAUCUGCUCGCGAACAUGUCAAAACCGUCUUUCGAGGAUAAAAGAAAAUUGGAAGCGAAGGAAAACAGGGUGCAGGAAUUGCGCACGCAGAGUAAAAUGAAACGCGAUGUGACGGUGGACGUUAGCUCCGAAGGAUUUUAUAGAACCGGCAUUAUGUGCGACAUAGUGCAGCACGCGAUGCUUAUACCGGUGUUGGUCUGUCAUCUGAGGUUUCACAAGUCGUUGGACAAUUUGGAACGUAUAUUGGGAUACAGCUUCAAGAACAGAUACCUGCUCCAGCUGGCUCUCACGCAUCCCAGUUAUCGCGAGAACUUCGGCACAAAUCCGGAUCACGCGCGAAACUCCUUAACGAAUUGCGGCAUAAGACAACCGGAGUACGGCGAUCGCAGGAUCCAUUACUUGAACACACGAAAACGCGGUAUCAACACUCUGAUAAAUAUAAUGUCCAGAUUCGGCGCGAAAACGGAAACAGAAUCGUCAAUAGCGCACAACGAACGAUUGGAAUUCCUGGGCGACGCGGUCGUCGAGUUCAUCACGUCUAUUCAUCUCUUUCACAUGUUCCCGGACCUGGAGGAAGGCGGACUGGCUACGUACAGAGCGGCGAUCGUGCAAAAUCAACAUCUCGCCGUGUUGGCGAAGAAACUGAACUUGGAGGAGUACAUGCUCUACGCCCACGGUAGCGAUCUCUGCCACGAUCUGGAGCUGAGACACGCGAUGGCGAAUUGUUUCGAAGCGCUGAUGGGCUCGCUGUUUCUCGACGGCGGGAUAGAGGUUGCUGAUAAAGUUUUUGGCGAAACGCUUUUCAAAGAUGAAGAUGAUCUCGCCACGGUUUGGGUCAAUUAUCCACGUCAUCCUCUUCAAGAACAGGAACCGACGGGAGACAGACAGUGGAUUCCGAGUUUCGAGCUGCUACAGAAAUUGACCAAGUUCGAAGAGUCAAUUGGAAUCGAGUUCACUCACAUCCGUCUCCUUGCCAGAGCGUUCACUGAUCGUAGCAUCGGAUACACCAAUCUAACAUUAGGAUCUAAUCAACGAUUGGAGUUUCUAGGGGAUACCGUGUUGCAGCUCAUUGUUUCGGAAUAUCUGUAUAAGUUCUUUCCGGAACAUCACGAGGGACAUUUAUCAUUAUUGCGAAGCUCUCUGGUGAACAAUAAAACGCAGGCAGUAGUGUGCGACGAUUUGGGUAUGACCCAGUACGCACUCUACGGCAAUCCGAAAGCCGAAUUGAAAACGAAAGACAGAGCGGAUUUGCUCGAAGCUUUCCUCGGCGCGCUUUACGUCGAUAAAGGUUUGCAGUAUUGUCACGUGUUUUGCGACGUGUGUUUCUUCCCACGUUUGCAAGAUUUUAUCAUGAAUCAGGAAUGGAACGAUCCGAAGAGUAAAUUGCAACAAUGUUGCUUGACCUUGAGAACUAUGGACGGUGGAGAACCAGAUAUUCCAGUGUACAAAGUCAUUGAAUGCAAAGGACCCACUAAUACAAGAGUUUACACCGUAGCUGUUUAUUUCCAAGGGAAACGACUGGCCAAGGCGUCGGGACACAGCAUCCAGGAGGCGGAAAUGAACUCGGCUAAAGAGGCUCUGGAAAAAUCUCAAAGUAUCAUACGCGCAAAGAAAAACGAAAACUUGUUCCCACAACUGGAUCAUCAAAAACGCGUGAUAGCAAAAAGCAUGAAGAUGCAGCAGUGGCCGAUCAAACAGAAACAAAGAGGAAGAUCGGGACGAUCCAACGACAGAUCGGAAAGAUCCAACGACGAUUCGGACGACUCUUGUCAAACUCGGAGGAGUCGUAGCAGAGAGCCUGCUUCGAAAAAAAGGGAUACUACAAAAAAGAACUAAACGCUCUUGUCAGUCAAUCUUCGCGCUUAUAGUAAAUGCAUAUAUAUAUAGUUUUUAUAUAGAGCACGAACACACGAAAGAAUCAAGUAGUCCUUUGUAGCAUGUAUAUAUAAUUAAAUUAUAUUAUACAGUUAUAUUAGUAUUAUAUAGUUUUUUCUUUUAUGACAAAAACAGUUUUAAUUUUUGUCAGUUAUAUUGU